CUUUCACAGGAUGUCAGGAAACAUGUCUCUUCUGUCAGUGAAUCCCACAAGCAUUUGGGAAAAUUCUUCUGUGCUGAAUGCCACCCCUCACUUUCCUUCUGGCUGGGAGACACCCACAUUCACUGUGGCCGCCCACUUUCGUGUGGUGGCCACCCUGGUGCUCUUUGUCUUUGCAGCUAUCAGUAACCUCUCAGUGCUGAUCAGUGUGACCAGGGGACGAGGACGCCACCUGGCCUCCCACCUGCGGCCUCUCAUUGCCAGCCUGGCCUCCGCUGACUUGGUUAUGACUUUUGUGGUGAUGCCACUCGAUGCUAUAUGGAAUAUCACAGUGCAGUGGUAUGCAGGCGAUGCCAUGUGCAAGAUUCUCUGCUUCCUCAAGCUUUUUGCCAUGCAUUCGGCAGCAUUUAUCCUGGUGGUGGUGAGUCUGGACAGGCACCAUGCAAUCCUGCACCCGCUGGAAGCUUUGGACGCUGGCCGUAGGAACAGGAGGAUGCUGCUGGUUGCCUGGAUCCUCAGCAUCCUGCUCGCCUCUCCACAGUUAUUUAUUUUCAGGGCCAUUAAGGCUGAAGGAGUUGACUUUGUACAGUGUGUAAGUCAUGGAAGCUUUCAGCAGCGCUGGCAGGAAACAGCUUACAACAUGUUCCACUUUGUCACCCUGUAUGUGUUCCCUCUACUGGUAAUGAGCUUCUGCUAUACGCGAAUCCUUGUGGAAAUCAACCGCCAGAUGCCUCGUGGUAAAGGGAAGGGUGGGGAACCUUGUCUGAGACGCAGUGGAACCAACAUGAUUCCCAAAGCACGCAUGAAGACCCUGAAGAUGACGAUCAUCAUUGUGGCAUCAUUUGUGGUGUGCUGGACACCGUACUACUUGCUCGGCAUCUGGUACUGGUUCCAGCCUCGUAUGCUGCAGUUGAUGCCAGAAUACAUCCAUCACGCUCUCUUCGUCUUCGGCAACCUCAACACAUGCUGCGAUCCGGUCAUUUAUGGUUUCUUCACACCCUCGUUCCGAGCGGACAUAGCCAGUUGCUUCUCCAGAAGGAAUCAAAACUCUUCUCCUAAAUCACUGGACCGACUCUCCGCAAGGAGAGGGGGCGCAAGCAGAGAAGCCGAGUCGGACCUUGGAAGCGGUGACCAGCCCAGUGGACAACAAACAUAGAGGGUCAAGACACCUCUAUUAGGUAGAUAUACUAUUUGGGGUGUGGAUUUUGCCCUGUAAACAUGAAAUACAGAACUUUCACUCUGUGUCCAAACAUCUACGCUGCAGGUGGUGUCUUGGUAUUUAUAGUAUGAGCAAGUAUCCAUUUGCUUGAAUUGGGUUUGAAUCCACUUGAACAUGGAACAGCAACAGUAUCACAUUGUGGUUUCAAGCUUGGAUAUCUUCUGGAAAGACGGAACUACAGGUAAAUAUGAAUGUAAAGGACCAAAUCACAGCACAAUGCUUCAGGCAAUACCUUGAACAUGAGAUGUUUGCCUGUCUGGAACAGGGUUAUAAAUAUACAGUGCCUCAUAUAACAGCUUACGUGUUUGGAAUCAGUUAAUGAGGACCUCUAAUUAAUUAUCUCAGAGUUCAGAGGGACAACCCCAGCUAAAAGCUUCUCUGACACGUUGCUUAUCUAACAUUUCCUCUCUGCAUCCUGAUUAGGAAUGUUACUUAAUGUUUUACAAUGGCCUUAGCACAUGAAUCAUUCAUUUAAAUGAAAUGCUGUUGUGAGUGUUCAGGCUUUCACACUGUUUAUCUGUGGAAUCACCGUAGAUGUUCUUUGCGGAAUUCAUCCAGUCGUGUUUUCAGUGUAUUGUUUUGAUGAUGAUAUGCAAUCUUUGUGGUGUGUGCUUGUGAUUAAAAAUGAAUGUGG